AUGCAUAGACCUCAACCGCGCGGCCCAGGCCCGCAUCGCAACAAUUCCGGCCAGCCCCAGAACCGGCAGCCGGGUCCGUAUCCGCGCCGGAACACGGCGGCGGCUCAACCGCGCAAGCAACAUCAGCAGCCGGCCACGGCACGCCAUAGCAAGCAGAUGAACAACUCAUUUCUACCUUUGACGCAGGCAGUGUACGAUUCGGCUAACUUCGACGAGGCUUCGUACGAGUUCCAGGAAGCGGAGGAUUCAACAGCACAGCCGAUAGCUCCCCAAUUCCAGCACUCUGCGUCGCCAACCAGUGACCCGUGCUUGAUGGCGCAAGAGGAUCUCACGGCCUCCAUCGCACAAAACACGGCCUGGAACAGCGAGAUAGAGGAAAGGAUCGAUCGGGCCUUGGAUGUCGUCAAACGUCUCCACAAGGUUAUCACUCAAACGGCCGCGGCGGCUCAACCCCCGGCGUUCGUGGAGCCGCAGCUUGACGUUGAUGAUUGGAACACACACGAUACUGGCGGCCUAUCUAUUAUAUGA